AAUUUCUCUCUUUUUUUGAGGCAUGCAUUUGGUCUCCACGCAGUUCUCCGUCUCACUGUGUGACUGAUGUUGCAUUAAUAUUCAUUCUAGCAACAAUAUUCCGCACUAUCUAGCAUAGAUGGAUGCAGGAUGUCAUAACGAUGCUUAGAAGCUUUGCUAACAACCAUUAUGAACCGUUAGAACCAUUAUGUCAUUUAGGGCAAGACGGAACAUGAAUGCAAUAAAAUAAACAUUGCUUCCUAUAGAAUAGCAUGGAUGUGCACUUGUGUGUUUGUGGAGGUGGAAACUGGAGCUCUCAUUGACAAAUCAAUGAGGGAGUGACAGCUGUGCUAAUGGGAGAGCAUUAGGUUGUAUCUGGUGUAUGACUGGGAGAUUGACUGCACCUUUGGGAGUACUGGGUUUGGAGUUAAUUUAAGGCCUUAUGGUUAGAAGCAGUAGAUGGGUGCAGUAGUAUUUUAUCGGUUGUCAUGGCAAUGAGCUGAAGAGAAGAUUAUACUGGAUUUAUUAAGGAAGAGGAAAUUGUAAGAACAGUACAGACAAACAAAAAAAGAUGCAGGGCUUCCCUGGCCUCCCCUGGACCUGGCGAGCCACCACAAAUAACUGACAACGACAUAUCUUUUUUGGUAAGAUUUUGUACCAUCUACUCGCUCAAAUUCACCUUAAAAGUGAUCAGUAUGAAGUGAAUAGUGUGUAGUCACAAAGCAGAUGGCAUCAUAACUCACAUAGCAGAAGCACUUCAGCAAACAACCCCACACAGCGAGUGAAAACGAAGGAUGCCGGUCAUCAAACAAAAAGCCAGCCUCUUAAUCACGGUAUGAACCAAAAAAUAAAACAGCACAACACGUAACAAGUCAACAAUGAACUACCUCAAACCCCGAAUUCACACUAGAUGUGUCACAUCACGCAUGCGUAGCAACACGGCAUACACUUUCAAAUCGCUUCUAUUUUAAUCAGUCUGCCAAUUCACACAUUCUGACACACAUGCGCAUCUCACGUGUGUCUUUGGCACAUUGUGAUUUGUCUAUUUAUGAUAUGUUUACACAGAUAUUCAGCAGCAUACUAGUUGGAGAAACACCGGAAAACAACUUUGGGUGUCAAAAUAAACUUGUGCUUUUUAACAAAAUAAAGACGCUGCGUUAUGUAACCAGUGCUCAUUGCAACGAUGACAGUGGAUGACAAAAAGUUAGUCAGUUUCACAAGGACGUAACAUAAGAAAAGGCAUGGUUCUCAAUAUGAACAACUUUAGAUAUUGACAGUAAGUUAAUUACACAUAAUCACGUGUCCCUUUGUUUCGCUAGCACAAGUACCCAAUAAUGUCCAUCUUGUUCUAGAAGACAAGAGAGUAAAAUAGAGCUGUAUUCCAAAAAUGAGCAAAGGAGCGAUAGAAGUUGGGGAUACGCGACGGUGCACUGACGACUCAAAAACACAUUUCAAGGGGAAAAAAAGUGCUCAUGCUACCCCAACUGAGUUGUUGGGUAUCCCUGGCCCAUGUCACGGAACAAGUAUACCAAAUAACUUUAGAUACAAACCAAAAUAGUGGCGAGUUGAAGAAAACCUAAUAAAAAAAAACCUAAUAAAGUGUACAAUGGCCAUUGUUACAAUUGUAACAAUGGCCAAGCCGUUUUCAACUUCCAAUUGCACUGUGUAUGUGAAUGAGGCACGCUAACCUCCUCUGUGGCUGCUGCGGCCGUCUAGGGAGAGGCGGUUGCUGUGUGUGACUGGCCAAUAACAGAGUGUAGAGUGAAAAUGAGCAUUUUCUUUAAAGGGGACCUAUUAUUAUUAUUAUGUUCAUUUUUUUGACUCUUUGUAUUGAGUUGUUGUGUCCCAUAGCGCAGCUACACACAAUAACCCGCACAGAAAACAUUCUAGAUUUUGCAGAAUCUGCACCUAUUCCAGCUGUGUUUCUUUUCAUUUGUGCACACAUCAUCUUUUCAGUGUGUGUAUUACAUGGAGUGUGGCUUUCACACUCUGAGCAGGAAGCGGGUGAGAUACUAUAUGUUUGAAUGCUAGCACCUAGAUUGAAAUACCAAACCAUGGCAAAAAGCACCUUUCAAGGCUAAAUGAAGUGUACUAUGUGGAUGAAACCAAGAGAGUCAGUCUCAACCCUUAUAGUCUGAAGAAGAAUUAGUUUCAUUGCAUUUAUCUUGCAAAUCAUUGUGGAAAAACAAUACAUAGGAUUUUGACAUCCAAAAUGAACAGGAAAAACUAGUUUGUUGAAUAGGCUGAGGUAAAUUUUUUAAAAAAAGAUUACAAGUUGAGAACAUUUUUUGAUGUGGUAAUAAAGAGACCUGUUAUUUUGUAUUAUACAAGCAAAACAAUGGAUGACAUGAAUGGAGUAAAGUUCACCAGGGCAGCAAAGUUACCAUUGCCACAGCUAUGCACCCACUAGUGUUUAUUGCAGCUAAAUUGACACUAGUCUUAUGUUGAUACGCUCAGCAACAAUCAACAGGCGUAUGUGUAUAAAUUCAGCAUGGACCAACGGCUUCGCUUUGUCUCCACUUUAACAAUUUCUCUGUUUAUGUUAUUUCCAACCAGAAAUCAUGGCCAACGUCACAGCAAUGUCAGACACAAAUAAUCUGUCCCGGCACAGAGAGGCCAACCCACUCUCCCAAGUCUCCCAGCAGGUGCAGGAGAUCUACCCCUUCCACGACGGCUGGAACGUGGCCUGCUUUGUUAUCCUAUUGCUCUUCAUCCUCACCGUGUUGUCUCUAGCGGCCAUGGCCGUUCUCUAUGAGGUCCUGGACUGCGGCUGCUGCGCCAAAGGAAAAAUGCAUCAAGAACCCCAAGAGGAGGGGCCAAGCAACUGCAGCAAACUGAUGACCAGUGUUUACAAGGAGCCAGAACCUGAUUCAGAGGUGUUAUAGAAGCAUGGCAAGGGAAAAGUAUUACCACGAGUCUGACGCAGCAAGUCUUUUCUCUACAGCUGGUGUGGACAAAGCUCUCUUCUUGAAGAGCUCCCUCUCCCUCAGUAGUGCUGGAUCCAUUCUGACUGGUGGUUGAAAUAUCUGGACAGGACAAAGUACAAUGCAUUCAUUGUAAUUUACAAACUUCCUGCUACAUGUAAUUGAUUGCAGAGCACCGCCACUACAAAAUAUACGGCACUACUGCCAUACUACAGUAAAUAUUAUUUUUGUUAUGCAUCUACUUUAAAGAGUUUAUCUACUUGAGAGACAUGUUUUCUGACUGAGUUUAAUAUGCUGUCACUGUAAGACACUAAACUGACUAACUAAAAUCCUGUUUACACUUAUGUUGCACUAAAACAUCAUCGUUUUUGCGAUAUUGCUGCUUAUUUUCUGGUUAAAAUAUGCUCACAGGUAAACUGGAGCGUAUUCCAACUGAAUGCAGCAAAAUACAAAGUAUGAAAUUCUUAAUUUCUUUUGAUGUCACAAUAUCACCGUAUCAAGAUCAUUAUCAUGAGCUAUGUAUCACGAAUUGCAUCGUAUCGUGCAGGUACCCUGAGAACCCCCACUGGGCUUCUAACUCUCAACCCAUAUUUCAGUGUCACUUUACUAAAUAAAGUAUAAUUGAAAAUAUUGGUUUUGAAUGUGCUUUCUCACAUAAACUUUAUGCCAUGUAUACUUAUCACUAACGAAUGAAAUACCUACAUGAU